AUGAAAUUGGGAAUUAUUCCAUAUCAGCUGGAAACGGAUUUUGUAUCCAAUUCCGAUGCAGAGCUCAAGUACAAAAGACCAAACUUCCCAUCAUUUCAUGAAACUCAUUCUGUAAAUUCCGAUUUGCAAUUUGUUAAACCUGAAGACAUUCCCUUAAAUAAAAGAAAUUUUCUUUAUAGGGUAGGUGCAGCCAAUCCAUUAUUUAAAGAAUUAGGGUAUAGUGUCACGGAGUAUCCUUUUGAAACACCUGGAUUUAACUUGAUGGAUCGUGCCGGAUCGGUUUCUAUUCUUAAGGAUGCUAAUAAUAUGAUUAGUGUACAAGAAUCGUUGGGUUGGAGAUCUGCCAGAAGUGAUGUUUGUGUAAAGGAAGGUGUUACGUAUUGGGAAAUUGAGAUUAUUAAAGGAGGAAAUAUCCUAGUCGAUUCAAAUGGUGAAAUAAUCGAUGGUGCACAAUCAAGGCAAAGAAAAAAAGAUUUGUUAGAUACAACCCCUCAUAUACGGAUGGGUAUAACAAGAAGGGAAACUUCACUAGAGGCUCCUGUAGGAUUUGAUGCGUAUGGGUACGGAAUCAGAGAUAACAAUUUAGAAUCCAUACAUGAAGGUAAAGUGAUGCAAGUUUUAGAUAAUUUGGGGGAGCUUUGUUUGAAACCUGGUGAUAGAAUUGGAUUUCUUCUGAGGCUUCCCUCUAUGGAGGAACAAAUAAGCCAGGCCAAAGAAUAUUCCAGAAGAAGAGUGGACGCUCUAUCUCAGCAUCAUGAGGGAAUAGGCAUGAAGAAGGAGCACUCCAAUGAGGUCACAGAAUCUUGGAAACCAGAUAUAGAUGGACCAGUAAAGAAGAAAUCAAGGCACCACAAUCUAAGUAACAUAGAAUUUCAAAAAGCUCUUCUCAAUGGUAUUGAUUAUUCAAAUGUUAUUCGAGAUCAUAUCGCCUUGAGGUAUAAAAAUCAAUUAUUCUUUGAGGCUACUGAUUAUAUCAAGACGACGAAACCAGAAUAUUACUCAUCUGAUAAAAGAGAACGUCAAGAUUAUUAUCAAUUGUCUAAUUCUUCCCUGGGUAUCUAUCUUAAUGAUAAAUUUCUGGGCAAUGCAUUCGAGAAUAUUAAACCAUUCUUACCCCCAUUUAGUGAAGUUCAGUAUAAUGAAAAAUUCUAUUUCAAUUACUGGAAAAAUGGUGUUCAUUCUGAAGAGGGUAAUAUGGAUGACCAGCAGCAUAAAAAUGCUAACUCUAAGAAACGUACUACAGGGCACCUAUUGAGAAAUAAAUAUUCAAAUAAUAAUAAAUUAGGUUAUUAUCCAACAGUAAGCUGUUUUAACGGUGGGACAGCACGUAUCCAUGUGAAAAAGGACGAGCUCAAAUACUUUACUGCAGUGGUGAAGAAGUCAGAUGAAGAGAUUAAGACAUUGGACAUAUUAUACAUGGAACAGAUUGCGGACGAUAUUGUCUGGGACAUAAUCGACGAGAUAGAGGAAGAAUAUACAUCUGGUAUCGGUCUUCCGAAAACAAAACCAAAAGAAUCUGGUGGUAGUGCUAUACAGAUACCUGUUUCCAUUACAGAUGAGGUGCGUACCAUCCCAUCAGCUUAA